AUGUCUACCAUUGUGACAUUAAUUAUUUUUGAAUUUCUAUUACUUCUGUAUAGUGAAGCAUUUCACUGCUAUAAUUGUGCAUCCACUUUGCCUUCCAAUAUUAGUAAGGAUGCACAACGAGCAUUCAAAACUAUACUUUAUUCAACUUUUAUGGUACCACCAGUUGAUAGGUCAUGUGUCAACUCAGAUGACGUUGAAUUCAGAACCGUUAAACAGAUAAACUGCUCACCGGAUGAUCAGUGUAUUAAAAUUACAGUACGACAAAAAGAUUUACAGUUUGUCAUGCGUGGCUGUCAAGCACUUAUAUAUCGUGAUAAGAUGAUUAGUAUCGAUGUGGAAUGUCGCCAUGAUCAGAGUCCUUCAAUUUGUCACUGUACCGGUAAUCUUAUUGCUGAUAAUGAUAAUGAUGAUAAUGUUAUCAAUCUUCCAGUUAGUAAAUUUCCAGAACCGGAUUGCAAAUAUCAUGUACGGUUUUAUAAUCGAAAUGGUUCGGAAUUGAAGAGGCAAGUUGAAAUUGGUGAACCGGUUUACCAUCAUUGGACAUGUAGCUAUAAGCAGCAACAAAAUGGUCUAUUUUGUAUUUUAGUAAAUAAUUGUACGAUUUCAAAUCCUCGACCUGAUUCUUUACCAGUACCAAUUAUUGAUGAAUAUGGAUGCUCCCUUUUUCCUAUUAUAAUGCCACACGUGGAAUAUAAUGGUGAUCUUGAAGGUGGCCUUCAAACGAAUGUAUUCUUAUUGGAUAUUGAUCAG